CUUUAAACACUGUCUAAAAUUAUUAUAUACAAUUAUGUGUGAUAUGUAAAGAAUCAAGAAAAACUUUUAUUUAAAACAUAUUCUGGAAUUGUUUUCAAAUGAUGUAAUUUACUGCCUUCAAACAAUUAUUUGUACACCUGGCUAAUCAUAAAGUUGAAUGAAUAUGUGACAAUGGGGGAAUUCCCAGUCAUAGUAGAGAUCAUUUAACACAUAACAGCAGAUAGCAAUAGGCAGGUAAUUGAGCUCCCCAACAUGGUUAAAACUGAUGAAAUACCCAGUGCAUUGAGGAAAAGAAUCAUAAAAUUUCACGAUCAGUAUCGUAAAUUUUAUUGCAGGGCUGCCCAUCCAAGCUGUAUGUGUGUGGAGCUUGCAUGUUCUCAAAAUUUACCGUAGGUGUGAAUGUAUGUGAGAAUGGUAUGUGUCUACUGGUCUCUGCAACUUUGCUUAUUACCGUCUCAUUAUCUAUCAACAUAAAGAUUUUCUUGUCUUUACACAUUAGCACAAAGGCCUCCGAGUGUUCAUGAGUCAGUGAGCUUCCUAACCUGUUCUUAAAUUUACGGGUAGAGAACAGAGGCGUCAGAAGCAUUUUGAAUGUAGGGGGACACACUGGCAUAAAACUAAUAUUUUAUGUUAAAUGUGGGGGGGGCCCAAAUGAAUAAUUAUGAAAUGUGAGGGGGGACACGUCCCCCUCAGAUGUAAUAGUGCUGAUGCCCAUGGUAGAGAAGCUUUUCUCACAGGCAAUCUGAGUGGUGAAAGUGUCAAAAUAUCUUUUCAUAUACAACACAAUACGUUUGUGCCUGAAACAUACUGUAUAAAAACAUAUGACUUAUUAGUCUCUUAAUUUCACUAAUACAGCUCUGUGUAGUUUACCUCUGAAUCUGAAAUGUACAUCUCAUCAACUUCUGAAUACAGUAAUCCCCCACCUAUCGUGGAAGUUACAUUCCAGAUCUGCAACACAGAAAGACCAUAUAAACAAACACUUUAAAAAAUAUUUUUUAUAUAGUUUAAGCCUUAAAAUACCCCUCCCACACACUUUAAAAGUGAUAGGUGAAAAUCCGCGAUAUAGAAAUACCAUAUAAAUAAAUAAGCCUUAAAUCGUAGGGCUUAAAACAAAACGAAAAGUUCACAAAAAGUUUGCUCUCAGCAAUCGGAUCACAAGCAAGGUACGCAAUAUGCAGAGAACUGUGAUGCGUCGGGGGAAAAUCUGCGAUACAGCGGGGAUCACUGUAUAUGGAUCUAAAUUAAGUUUAAAACUUUAAUUCAUAUAUAAUACCUGACCCCUCAGCCAUCCUGGCAUCCUCACUGCUAAUCAGUAGUCCGUCAUUCUUUACAGAACACCGACUGACAGGGGACCGCUGGUCAGAAACUACAAAAUGGUUAAAUGGUCAUUUAACUGCAUGCUCAGAUCUGUGUUUUACUUUUUUAAAUACAUUUUUUCCCUUAAAAUUACAUGUGCGCAGACAUUGAUUCGCCAUGAUAAGCUAUAGAAGUAUGCUAAUAUUUGAAUUGGUUUUAUAUUUUGCAACAGGUUAACCACAUUUACCUGUUGCCAGUUGUUUUCGUUCUUUUGAUAAAAUCUCUGUGAUUUUGGCACAUUUGGCUGCAUCCUCCUCCAACGCUCUUUUUAUUCUAAACCUGGCCUUUUCUUUUCUAUACUGUUACGCUAACUGCUAUUUUACCAAGUUAAGUAAUCAGUAGGCUCUAGUGUUGGGAAUUCCAGCUCUUUUAAGAGAGCCGGUCCUUAUGGCUCCCAAGUGGCUCUUCAGAUUUGUUUGGUGUUUAAAUGAAUUUAUUACCAAAAAUAAUGUAAAAUUAUUAGUGAUAUGAAUUACUAUGGUUGGAAAUCACGUGCAAUCAUUUUAGCCAGUUCCUCAUCAAUUGUUUUCUGUUUUACUGGAGUCAUAGCUUUUUGCACAAACUGUCUCAUUAGGUUGAGACAGCUCUAGGUUGUAGGUCUGGGUGGUUGUGGGGCUGUACUGGUUGACGGUGUAGACAUUGACAAACUGCAGUAAACAAACUGUCACUUUCCUUAGUAGCAGGUUCACUUGCUUGUCUUUUAUCUUCCCACUGCACUGAUGGACAUACAGUUCUCAUGUGCCGAGGCAGGUUAUUUGUAGAACCUGUUCGAUAUGAGAUUUUAACCUUGCACACUCUACACUCUGCCUUGUAUUAUCAAUGUAAUUGAAAUGUAUCCAAAUUUUACUCCGUUUCCUGCAGUUACUCAUUUUGUCGUGCGCGUCUCCUUCUCUCCUGUUUCUCUCUCUGUGCGUGUGAUUGCUGUAUUUGUCUAUGGGUGCGUUUGACUUCACGCAGUCAUUGGCAGCGCUGGCUUAAAGCAAUGCAUUCUGGUCCCAACGCAAUGCAUCAUGGUUAGAUUAUUUUUGUCCGACUUCAGCCGACGCUGGAAAACGUCACCACCUGUGACCAUGUCACAUGGUACAAAAACCUCACGAGAGCAAGAAGACUUAAAAAUAUGUCCAAUGCCUAUAUACACUAACAGCAAAAAGCAAAGAGACAUUUCCGUUACAGAGAUGAUGAACUCAGGUGGAGUGAAGGAAAACAACAGCAGUGCUUGUAAUCGCCACUAAACCUUUACUGAUAAAGAGCUGGCGAGAGUCCUUAACCAAACCAGCUGUUCAACAAGCUGAAAGGCGAAGAAAAGCAAUGUUUUCAGCUGCUCCCAUCCACCGCCAUUUGUCUUCCAUAGCAGCAAGGCUACAGUAAAGCUAUUCAAGUUAAACACACAGAUAAACAUUCACACACCAUUCCUACCUCACCCACACUGUAAAAAAAAAAUCCGUCAGAAAAACGGAAAAUGUACUGGCAGAAAAUUACCCUAUCCCUAUUGGGGCAAUAACUGGAUCACUUUGCUGUCGUGGCUGUUGCAGAAUGGAUGUAAAAGGAGGAUUAAUAUGGUCAGCAAGUUUCAUCAUCACCACCCAUUAUUUUCUUUGUAGAAGUUCACAUUACUGUAAAUAUGACUGGAAACCCUGCCCUGCUAUAGAACGUACAUGUGCCAUAUUUCCUAUAAUACAGAGAAUGAAAUUAAGGUCAGUUCAUCCAGAUCAGAGGGCAGGAGGCAUUACAGAGACACGUGGCGGCUGGCAGGAAGGAGCCAGAGAAGCUGCUUUGUGAAUAUUGUACUUACUGGGACUUUACAGGCAUAAAUGUAAUGACAGACAUGGGGCGGCCAGAACAGCCAUUCAGUUAUGAUUCAUAAAGCCCAGGAGUAGAUAAUCAAAGGAGUGGGGGCUGCCACUCAAAUCUGUACGUUUAUAUUACUUUAAAAAUGGGUGUAAGCAAUACCAGACAGACAUCCUUUCUAACUGUGGGUCUGUCAGUUGAGGAUGUACACACAGUAUGUGAGACUGUAUGACUCUGUGUCUGAGUGCCUGACUGAGACUCUUAUGAUCCCAUCUCUGUGAUUGAAAAAGAACAAGCUAGGUUUUCACAUCUGCAAAAGUAUUUUGAGACCUGUGUGUGGGGGGGGGGGGUGUAUGUUUAAGGUUUAAAAUCCUGUUUCUUGACCAGGUCCUCACAAUGAUCUGAGAAUGCAAUCAAAAAAGUAAAAAUGCCAAAAGUUGCGCAUUUUGUUUGCUUACUUAUGGUUAAGGUUAGGGCUGGGUAGGGGUUAAGGGAGUCAUGUUGUGGUUAUAGUUUUCCCUAUAGAAAUCAAUGGAGAGUCCCCACGAAGGUAUAAUUGCAAAUCUGUGUGUGUAUUUGCUCAAAUGUAUGUUGCAUGAUCAGUACCAUAAUCAAUGUUUUCUGCAGCCCGUUGGAUCAGCAUGAUGGGUUGUAAUGUGUUUCUUCUGCUGAAACUUCUACUGAUUUCAGAGUUUCUCAGCCACUGUUCAUGCCUUUCACAUCAGUACCAUUUUGUAAACAUAAACCUGACCUGGACUGACGCCCAGGCUUACUGCAGACAGAACUAUACUGACUUGGCUACCAUUAAUAAUAUGGAGGAAAUGAAAAGACUAACUGAGUCUGUAGGUUCUAAUUAUACUGGGGAGGCUUGGAUAGGACUGAAGAAUGGAACAUCAUGGAGAUGGCAGUGGUCCUCAGGAGAAGGAGACACAGGGUACACCAACUGGUAUAUAUAUUCAACGUACAACCAGAAUAAUGGCUAUAACUGUGUUGGGAUGCGACCCAAUGGUUAUUGGAAUAAUAUUCCAUGUUCAUAUUGGAGAACAGCUGCGCAUUUCAUCUGUUAUACUGCUCCCACCUAUGAAGAUGGAAUAAAUGCUACCGGGAACUUCACCUGGAUUAACCAACAUAUGAAUUGGUCUGAUGCUCAGAGCUACUGCAGAUACAAUUACACAGACCUGGCCACUGUGAGGAAUAAAGAAGUUAAUAACUUGAUGCAUAAGAUGGUUACAAGUAAGACUUGGGUAUGGAUUGGCCUGUUCCAGGACACAUGGGGAUGGUCAGACCUGUCAAACUCCUCAUUCCGUAACUGGAAAAUUGGCCAAAAUGAUUAUGUGAAUAACGCAUGUGCUUUAGCACAGGUCACCUGGCCUGGGACAUGGGAUGUGACUCCAUGUGAUGAAAAUCAUCCAUUCAUAUGCUAUGAUGAUAACCUGAUCUUGGUAAAUAGUAACAUGACCUGGAUUGAUGCCCUGAAUUACUGCAUAACGUACCAUUCGGACCUGGUGUCUGUCCACAAUGAGGAGAUCCAGUACUGGGUCAAUAGGAGAGCUGAGAAGGCCUCCACUGAUCAUGUCUGGCUGGGGCUGCGCUUCUCCUGCUACCUGAACUUCUGGUUCUGGGGGUCUGUGAAUGUGGAAGAAACGAAUCUUCAGUGUGUCUGGAAUCGAAGAGGGAUCUGAGGAGCAGAGCAGCCCAAUAUGCAUUGAUUUGGACAUAACGCAAAGAAAUGCUUGCUUUCUACUGAAUUCAUGAUAAUACAAGUGAUUUUCUAUCCUUUUGUAUCUGCAUAAAAUAAACUUUCAUUUGUUCUGAUAAUGAAACAGAUAAUUACUAACUGCAUUUCAACCCUCACAGUGCUCACUGCUUUCCUUGGGGUGUUUCAGUUUAAUAGACGAUAAACAUUUAGAGGUGAAAAUGUUUUCCGUAGCCUCAUGAUUCCAGGGUUUUGGGUUUUAACUCUCUGCCUGUAUUUGUUCUGUAUUUGUGAAGCUUGAAUGUUCUCCUGCCAUUUGCUUGGGUCUCCUUCAGAUACACAAGUUACCCUCCACAACUGUUGAUAAUAACAUUUAAUAACAUACAGCAAAUUUCAAAUUAUUGCAUAGGUGUGUUGAGUGUUGUGUUCCUACUACAUGUAUGUAACCUUAGUGGAGUCAAUAAAAAGUCUUAUGUACUAUGGGCUCA